UCAGCUUCCCCCUUCGGACAAAACCACCACCACCAUGGCACCCGGUGCAGAGCCCGACGAACGCGCGCCGCUGCUCUCACCAGAGACGAACGGGGCCGCUCCCGAAUACGGGAGCACGCCCGCGCCCGACCCCGCGGCAACCUCCGACGCGGAAGGCGGCGAUGCGACGGCGGCGAAAGUGCCGCGGAAUCUCUUGGCGGUGCUCGUGCCGAUGGGACUUGGGAUAUUCUUCGCGUCGAUGGACCAGACGAUUGUCGUUUCCUCGUACGCGGCAAUCGGGAGCGAGCUGCAGCAGCUGCAGUACACGAGUUGGAUAUCGACGGCGUAUAUGAUGACGUUGACGAGCUUCCAGCCGCUUUACGGGAAGCUCAGCGAUAUCUUCGGCCGAAAAUCAUGCCUGCUCUUCGCGUAUACGAUUUUCGCGCUCGGGUGCUUCUGCUGUAGCAUCUCGCAGACGAUGCUGCAGCUCAUCCUUGCGCGUGGGCUCACCGGCAUCGGUGGUGGGGGGAUGAGCACCGUGGUGAGCAUCAUCAUGUCGGAUAUGGUGCCUCUGCGGGAGCGCGGGACGUGGCAAGGCAUCAUGAAUAUUAUAUACGCCUCAGGAAGCGCGAUUGGCGCGCCGCUCGGUGGGUUCCUUGUCGAUUCGAUCGGCUGGCGGUGGGGGUUCUUUAUGCAAGUUCCCGCGCUGGUUCUGGCGUUCAUCAGCGUCUCGUUUGCACUGCAUCUGCCGGAAAGCGACACGUCCGACCUCAAGUCCAAGCUCAAGCGGGUCGACUUCCCCGGCGCCUUCGCGCUCGUGCUGACCGUCUUCUUCCUGCUCUUCGGGCUCGACCGCGGCGGCAACGUCGCGUGGCACGACCCGACGACGAUCGCGUCGCUCUCGGUGUUCGCCGUGCUCUUCGUGUUGUUCCUGGUGAUCGAGUUCCGGUGGGCGAAGGAGCCAUUCGCGCCGAAGCGCAUCGUCGCGCACCCCGCGCUCGCGGGCGCGUACCUCGUCAACUUCUUCGCGCUCAUGGCCGGGUUCAACAUGAUCUUCCACAUGUCGUUCUUCUACCAGGCCGUGCUCCGCAAGACGCCCAGCGAGGUCGGCUUCUGGCUCGUCCCGGGCGUCUUCGCGGGUGUGUUCGGGAGUCUGGCGGGCGGGCUGAUUAUCCAGGUGACGGGCAGGUACUACUGGGCCACGGUGGCUGCAUAUGUUGGGUUCCUCGUGGCGAUCUUCGCUCUCACGCUGCAGACAGGUGUCGUUAUCCUGUCCGGUGUGGGCGUCGUGAUCGCGGGAACCUUUGCUUCGAUCGGGAACGGUCUGGGAAUAACAACGACGCUCAUUGCCCUCAUCUCAAACGCUGGACCAGCCGAUCAGGCUAUGGCCACUGCCGGCUCGUAUCUCUUCCGCUCGCUGGGCUCCGUCAUCGGUCUCUCCGUAGCUAGCACCCUCCUCCAAAACUCCCUCCGCAGUACGCUGCACAAAACCCUGCCCGCCGGGAUAGACAUUGAGGAGGCGCGUCUCUUCCCCCCUUCCACCGCCAUACCCGUCAUAACAGAUUUUCUUCCUCUCCAGAUCAUCCGCCGUGUGCGCGAAUCGCUGGCGUACAUCGACGAGCUCGAGCCGGCGACUGCCGCGGUCGUGCGCAUGGCGUACGAGCGCGGGCUGCAGGUCACGUUCUGGUUCUCGUGCGCCGCGGCGGCCUGUGCGUUGGUCGCCGCUGUCUUCGUGCGGGAGGCGCCCAUGGCGCGUCGCGGCUGACCGCUCUUCCCACGGUUUCAAAAUGUUCACGCGGAGGAGCGUGGGGUCGAGAUUAGGGGCGAGGAGAGUAGGUAGUCUGUCAAAUGACUGCUCAUAAAUGUUAAGGCUAUAAGUAUAUGCCACCCCAAAAUAGAAUAUCGCGCGGCUUGUAUGCCAAGGGGAACUCCAA